CCAAUCCACAAGACAAGGAAUCCAAAUGAAGCUAGUACCGUUCCAGCUUUCCUUCAUCCUAUUAUGCAUUCUCACUAGAGAUGAUUCUCUGGCGGCUUCCGAGACUGGGAAUUCCAAAUCGAUUCCCCGCCUCGGAACUUACAACGAGACGAUAUUCAACGUCUCCAAGCAAUUAUGUUCGGGUUGCGUCGGGGAGUCGUUGGAGUUUCUCUUCACCCACAACUUAGUGAGGGCGACCAAAUGGGAGUCACUUUUGUUUUGGGAUUUCCGGCUCGAGAAGUACGCCCGUUGGUGGGCGAGCCAGAGGAAACCGGGCUGCGAGCUACAACAUUCGUUCCCCGAAGGCGAGUUCAAGCUCGGGGAGAACAUAUUUUGGGGCAGCGGAUCAAAGUGGAGGCCGAGCGAUGCGGUGAGUGCAUGGUCCGACGAAGAGAAAUACUACGACUACGCAACCAAUUCGUGCCAAGAGGGAGAGAUGUGUGGCCACUACACGCAAAUCGUCUGGAAAAAUACCCGAAAAAUCGGAUGUGCCCGAGUGGUUUGCGACACAGGAGACGUGUUCAUGACUUGCAACUAUGAUCCACCGGGCAACUAUAUCGGCGAAAGGCCAUAUUGAAAUGGAGGAGUAUUGCAAUCCUAAGGGAUAAACUGCUCAGAUAAUCACUCCACUAUUAUAUCAUCACUGUAUACAUACAUAAAAUCGUAUAUGUAUACGUACACGUAUGUGUAUUUUGAUUUUAUUAGCUACUAGGUGUUUGAU